UAUUACACUUGAUGACUUGGAGGAGAUUUUUAAGCAUGAUCAACUAGGCGUCAAUAACAUGCACUCAUACAUCCGGUUGUUGUAUGACAGAGUGUUGCGCGGGACUCCGUUGUCUAACAGAUUCCGUUUCGUGUCUUCCGCCCACUGCAGCGGAAUGACAAUUGCUUCGGAACGGGAAUCAGUUAGACAGCGAUUAGUCGAUAGAUUCAUGUCCACCGGCAAUACAGAAUGUCUGCAUCUUUGGGCGUAUAAUACCCGACCAGUAGGAGCACACUGGUUGCUGCUUGCUAUCAACCCUAUAAGGGAAGUCGUGUAUUAUCUGAAUUCGGUAAAUGGUGAAUGGACCAAUUAUCCGGCCAUGAAGGACAUCGUUGAUUUAUCAAUACAAGUGUUCCGAAGUCAACGGGACGCACAGGUAUCCCGAACUAAAUCUAGCAACAUUACUUGGAUCCAAGUGCAGUGUCCGCAACAGCGAAACAGUUACGAUUGCGGAUACUUUGUAUUGAGGUUUAUGAAAGAAAUCCUUCAGGCAAAUCAAUUAGAGAUUCCGCUCACGUACCUUGACGAAUUCCGUACCGCUGGAUACCCGAAACUUAAGUUGGAAGAAAUAAAAGAGGAUUUGUGUCAUUUUUAUAUUAAGCGCUUUUUCAUGUAGGAUUUGUGUCGAAUUGAAGUACUAUAAUAUUAUUGAUGUUGUA